CCCAUCAAUCGACCCUCGCAUUGAUCUCAUCCCAGGCCAUCGAGUGAUCCGAAGCCAACCGGAAGGUGAGCAUUAAGUGAGGAUAAGCUUAUUAGAAAAACAACGAGAUUGGAAAUCUCGUUGUUGAAAAUCUCGUUGUUCCAAUCUCUCCAAACUCUUCUCCACAAUUACAAUUUUUUCGGCAUCCCACUCUGUAAUCUGAUGAAUCCUGGCUAUGGAAACAAGGCAUUUUCAUCUAACCGUGGACGAGGUAAUCCAUAGAAAAAUCUAGCGUCACUGUCACUAGGCAGUUCCAGUCCAGGCACGAGAUCAGAAUCACAAAGCUCUCGACUGACUGCGACUUUGGCGGAUCUAUCAGUCUUAGACCAGUCUAGCAGCAACACUACUAUGCCAGUGUCUGCACAGAGUCCAUAGCUCUCCUUGAACUUCACAUGGAUCUUGACAGUAGAGUAUCUGGUAAACGACAACAGGCGGAUGGAAUGGUCGCAGCUCCACCAACUCUGUUCUGUGGAGGUACUGCUCGUCCUCGUCCUGGCUUCAGAAGCUCCAUACCCUGCUGAAAGCGUGGGAGGCUCGUGUUCUCGUCCUGGAGCAGCAGAUCAGAGUCUUCACCACCAGGGAAACAAAGAGUGACGUCGGAAUUGUAGUUGCACAGAGAUACGGAUGCGGAAUCAGAGACCAUCAUAGGAAAGCGCCGUUGAAACGACUCGGCUGUGGUGGGUCCGGCCACUCGAGAACCAUCAAUAGCAAGCAGGUAAUGCUGUCCUGAUGAUGGCGGAUCUCCCGACGAGCUCACUCUCUUGCAUUAUAUUAAUUCUCUGGCAAGAAUGUCCCGUCACAGCGACCUCCACGGCUCAAUAUUAAACUCCUCGUUCCUCUUGCACCGCAACACCUUCUCGUCUCGCCUCGCGCACUUUAUUGCUAACCUGAUGCCUUUACUGUUUACUACAAACCUGGUGUCUCAGACACCUGAUUUCGGGGUAUGAUAAAUCUACUGCCAGAAGUACGAGCCCUACGAGCGCUUUCUGUAGGUUCUAUAUACGAGAACUGCGCCGACGUCCUCGUGCUAUGAAGCUCGUCCUAGCGUCUCCCGGCAUCCAUCCUUCUUCGAGCGCAGGACCUCGAAAAGCAGCGCUUCUGCGCGGGCAGGCGGCUUCGCGUUCAGGAAAUUUCCCUCGAAUCUCCCCACAGCUUUGGAGCGAGUGACGGGAGAGCUGCGCCAGUGCCCGCAGGACUCAUGUGCAACAGUGGACUUUGUAGAAACUGACCGUAGCUCGAAUCUUAGGGAGAAGACUUCUCCCGGAAAACAGCAUGAAACUGAAGACCCAAGGAAGACCAAAAGGAGACCAAAGGGCGGCGAUGGUGGACUCCGGUAGUUUAUAACGGGUUGGCAGUUCGUUUCAUCGACAACUUCCACCUUCGAGUCGAGCAAGACCCCAAGGCAUUACGAGUCUGAUUUCAGAGCAUUUCAGAGGAUUUUGGAGAAUUUUGGAGGAUUUCAGAGUUUGCGCAGCGCAGAGAGCUCAGUGAUCCGAACGAGAAGUGAAGAUGGAGUUGACGAACGGGACGACCAGGAGGGCCCAUGUGCUCAUGGUGUGCGUGCCGUUUCCGGGGCACGUCGCACCUUUCACGCAGCUGUUGUACCAUCUGAGCUGCCACGAGAAUCUCAAGGUGACAGUCAUGGGACACAAGGCCAGGAACGCCGAAAUGAUCAAGCUGUACGAGAAAGGAGAAUUCAAAGGCCUCGAUAUACACUUCGAGACAAUCUUCGCCGAUCCUCCAGUUUACCCAUCCGACCCCAAGUUCCCAAUCCGCGCUGCAUUGUGCGCCGAUCAGAUGUUUGUCGAGUUUGAGCCCAUCAGGCGACGCCUCGUCGCCGAGAAGGACAAUGUGGGAGCCCCCACUUCCAUCAUCUGCGACAUGUUCCUAUGGUUCACCAAGGAUGCGGCUGACGAGAUGGGGGUUCCCUGGUACCCAUUCUUCUCGACUUCUCAGUGGUUCGGGUAUUGUGCCUACAUUGGGGAUGAGUUGGCGAGGAGGAAUUUCCAUCCUCACCAUUCGGAAGAGAAGGACCAGAGGAUAGACAUUACAGGCCUGGAAUUCGCUUACGUCCACGACAUUCCAUCCGAGGUGCUGGAAUUCCCGGAGUUUUACGCCAAAGUCACCGAUCGCUCCUUCAGGGCGACUGGAAUAUUGUGCAACACAGCCUACGAACUGGAAGGCAGUGCCGGAACUCUGAUGGCUACGAAAGCUCUGGUGCAACGGAGUGGGAAGAAGAACUUGAAAGGCGAGGAGGCGCAGAUCAUUCCAGUGGGACCUAUCGCGCAGAUUCCAGGCUUCGGAGUGCAGUACAGCUUGAGAGACCAGCCCUACGAGUGUUUGAAGUGGCUGAACGCGCACACGGAGAAGUCAGUGCUGUACAUAGCGUUCGGAAGCUUGGGCAACAUCGUGCCGGAGGUAUUUCACGAGCUGGCGCUGGGACUCGAGGCCGGCGGGGUGCCAUUCCUCUGGGCCCUGAAGCUGACACCGGCUCAAAAAGAGGAGCUUCUUCCCGAGGGAUUUCUGGAGCGCAUUCAAAGCAGCGGCAUGGGCUUCAUCGAAUCGGGCUGGGCUCCUCAGACGCAAAUCCUCAUGCACCCCGCCGUCGGAGGCUUCCUCAGCCAUUGUGGCUGGAACUCCACCUUGGAAAGCCUGUGCGCCGGUGUCCCCAUGAUCACAUGGCCCCUCUCCGCCGACCAGCCGAUGAACGCCAGAUUUUUGGUGGACGUGAAGAAGGUGGCAGUGACGGUGUUGAGCGGGUCGGCAGAUGAGAGCGUCGUGACACACGACGACAUCAGCAAAGCAAUCAAGAGGCUGUUCGGGGACGAGGAAGGAAAGCAGAUCGCGAAGAACUCUCUGGAGCUGAAGAAACUCCUCGCCAGCUUGGUUGCAGAGGGAGGGUCCACGUACAAGGCCCUGCGCUACUUCAUCCAAGACCUCGUGAUGGUGUAAGCAGCAGCAGCAGGGCAGCCGCUCCACGUCCGUGGCACGGACGCGGAUCUCGGACCUUCACAGGUUUUCAAUCCAUCCAUGGCAUAAAUUGAACUGAAUGGUGAAGACCAGGCUAUUGACACCUCCGUUCACAAGCCCUCGCUCCCCAAUCCGACAUCCACAGCUCACGAUCCCAGGCAUCAAAUUCAAUCGCGUAGGAUAUUUCAGCUCGGUGCCACGAGCAUCAUUUUGUAUAGGCAGAGCAAUCUGAAAAGCACAUUUAACGCAAAUGACCAUGCGCUAGUUUUGGUGAGUCGUUGCAGACUUGAUAGAAAACUGGCAGGACCGUAAAGAUUCGCACUAGUCCAGUGCCCGUCAGUGCGUACAUCGUUGGGUUUUAAUUGGAUGCAGAGAACCAAGGAUCUUUCAUUACAAGGGUCACCAGAAGGAGGAGGGACCCAACAGCCCCUGCGGCCAGGUCGAAGUAGUGAGGCGUAAUUGAUUGGUGAACCUUCAGUGCGUAGAAUAUUGAUCCCGUGCUCGAAAUCACCGAGGACGCGAGUACAGUGCCUAUUCUUCGAAAUGUGUACCUUGUGUAGAAAUAUUGAAACCACAAUUGUGUCAAUUAAACCAC